CAGAGAGUUGGCGACUUCUGUGCACUGUAUGCUUCAGCAUGCACUGACCCCGCUCUGUGGCCUACCAUUUCGUGGUUGAGUUGCUGUUGUUCCCAGUUGCUUCCACUUUGCUAUAAUACCACUAACUGUGGAAUAUUUAGUAGCAAGGAAAUUUCAUGGAUGGACUUAUUGCACAGGUGGCAACCUAUCACGCUUGAAUUCACUGAGCUCCUAACAGCAACCCAUUCUUUCACAAAUGUUUGUAGAAGUAGUCUGCAUGCUUAGUCACUUGAUUUUAUACACCUGUGGCCAUGCGGGUGAUUGGAACACCUGAAUCCAAUGAUUUGGAAGGGCGUCCAAAUACUUUUGGUAAUAUAGUGUAUGUGAAUAGUUUAGUGUCAAUAGCCUGGAUACACAUGCACUU